GUAGAAGACGCAGACGCAUCAGCCUCUGAUUCGCUGGUUGGCUGGGACCUUGCCAACGCGGAAGUGACGCAAAGAGCAACAUCCAGGGACACUUACGGUAUUUACAGAAGAGCCUGUCAACUGCAUGCAGUCGCCCGGGAGUCCACCGCGACCUACUCACGGGCGGCCACCCUCAACAGCAGAGUCAUGACGCCCUUGUCUCUGCCCCUGUCGUCUCUCCUGAGGCACAGGGACUGUUUACAGAAGGCGAAUAGUUUCUGUAAGGCGCUGCAGAGUUUACACCACCGGCCGUUCGCAUCUCACUCAUGGAGGCGGAAUUUCGGUGCGGUAGCGCAUGGAGUCGGUCAACUCCUGUCACAGCAACCCCGAGCCAAAAACUACGCAGCAUCUGUUUGCAGCAGCUCUUCAGAUGGCCGGGACAUGACAGAGAGACUGUGGUCUAUUUACAAAGAGACCAAAAGGCAAACUGAAGAUUUGAUCCCAGCCAUUUCCACCAAUUCAGUCAACCCUGACACCAUUUUUGCAAACAAUGAGAUGAGCCUGCGAGACACAGAAGUGUACGGCUUCGACUAUGACUACACCCUGGCGUUCUACUCCAGACACCUCCACACCCUCAUCUUCAACAUAGCACGGGAUAUUCUCAUCAAUAACCACAGGUAUCCAGAGGGUCUGCGGAAUUAUGAAUAUAUUCCUAAUUUUGCUGUCCGAGGACUUCACUAUGAUGUUCAGAAGGCCCUGCUGAUGAAGAUUGAUGCUUUUCACUACAUCCAGUUGGGAACCGUAUACAGGGGUCUUCAUCCAGUUCCUGAUGAGGAAGUUAUUGCCAUGUAUGAAGGUAGUCAUGUUCCUCUAGAAAUCAUGAGCGACUUCUAUGGCAAGAGUUCUCAUGGCCACACCAUGAAACAAUUCAUGGACAUAUUCUCCCUGCCUGAGAUGACCCUCCUGUCCUGUGUCAAUGACUUCUUCAUGAGGCACAACAUUGACUAUGAGCCAGUGCAUCUCUACAAAGACGUAAAGGAAGCCAUUAGAGAUGUUCACGUCAAAGGGAUAAUGUACCGAGCCGUGGAGGCAGAUAUUGAGAAAUACAUUUGCUAUGGUGAGCAAAGCCACGCUGUGCUGAAGAAGCUGUCAGAGCAUGGAAAAAAGAUGUUCCUCAUUACCAAUAGCCCAUUUGACUUUGUGGAUCGAGGAAUGAACUACAUAGUGGGGAAGGACUGGCGGGACCUGUUUGAUGUUGUGAUCGUUCAGGCCGACAAACCUGGGUUCUUCAACGACAGGAGAAAACCUUUCAGGCGAGUGACAGACAAAGGUGCACUGCUGUGGGAUCGGAUUCACAAGUUGGAAAAAGGGAAGAUCUACAAACAGGGAAACCUUUAUGAGUUCCUGAGACUCACCGGCUGGCGAGGAUCCAAAGUGCUCUAUUUUGGUGAUCACAUCUACAGUGAUUUGGCAGAUCUGACUCUGAAACAUGGCUGGAGGACAGGCGCCAUCAUCCCUGAGCUGAGGAAGGAGAUUAAGAUCAUGAACACGGAGCAGUACGUGCACAUGAUGGCCUGGCUGCAGGCACUAACUGGACUUAUCGAACAGAUGCAGGUGCACAGGGAUCCAGCAUCUCAAGCUGUCGUCGAGGAGUGGAUCAGAGAGAGAGAAGAGAUGAGGUCACAGACGAAGGACAUCUUCAACUGUCAGUUCGGGAGUCUCUUCCGGACGUACCACAACCCCACCUACUUCUCACGCCGACUCUCGCGCUUUGCUGACGUCUACAUGGCGUCCAUCAGCUGCCUGCUCAACUACGACUUCCAGCACACCUUCUUCCCCCGCCGUACUCCCCUGCAGCACGAAUCCCCCUUCUGGCCUGAACACAGUCCUGCUGGCAAUAGCCUGUCCUCAGAGCUCAGCAGGACCAAAGCAGAGUCCGAUGAGAGAUGAGAGACAGAGAGGGUUAGAUGAUCGGAUGGAAGAUGCAUGCCACAUUUAAAGAUCUGUACAUAAACUGCUGAUGUUUAUUAAGCUUUAGUUCGUUAUGUACUUCUUCUUACAGAAUCCAGUCUUCAAGUGGACUUAGUGCUUUUUAAAGUAAAAUAACAGAAUGUGCUUUUGACAUAGACACCCUUUUACAUUUUUAUCGCAGAAUUUGAAACAUUUAAUGCACUGAUUGUUUGAGGUUUGCGUUUAUGCGUGUGUUUGUGUGUGUGUGUGUGUGUGUGUGAGAGACAUAGAGGGGGUUGGGCAAAGAUGCUGCAUGUACACAGUCUAAACAAUAGGGGGCAGUCACACAUCAUCAUAGAUCUCUGUAGUAGGAAUUGUGCACACUGCCUAAAGAUGAUUUGUUCUUUCUAUCCUUUACAGCUGUAAAACUGCAAGAGACUGUAAGUUAAAUACUGAGACGUGACAUUUACAUUACAAACUGUUGCCUUAAUCUAUUUUUCACAUUACUGCAGUGUUUCUAUUUUUGUAAUAGUAAUUUAUGGUAAUCAAGCUUCUCAAAUUUUUUUGCAUCAUUUCAUUUUGAGCUGCACAUUGUAAUACAUGUUGCAAAGUUAUGCUCUGAGAUCUUUGUAUUUUAAUUGUCUGAACCAGUUCCACACAACACAGUCUGUACAGUAUGUCUCAUUUUGUUAUAUUUGUCAGGAAAAAAAUAGAGCAUCAUUGCUAUAUUUAGCACGGUGUUGCUAUUUGAUCUGUUAAGGCAGCGUUGAGUUUCAUGGGUUUGACACUUCUGCAGAAAAUGUGUGAAAUGUUUUCACACAUGCUGGGAUGGAGACUUGAGAUGAAUAUAUUUGAUAUAUAUAAUCUAGAAAAAGGGAAUUCAUUAAUACUAGCCGCCACAACCAGGACCUCAUGGGUUAUUUGUGUUUUUGUAGUUACUAUGUGUUGAUUAAGUGUAUUUUUAUUUCACUAUUUAUUAAAAUGGAAAUGGCUUCAU